GGACCUGAAACAACUCAAGAAGAAGUCUUUGAAGGUGCCAUGAGGCAACCUGUGCAGGAUUUCUUAGAUGGAUAUAAUCGCCUUAUUUUUACAUAUGGUGUUACAAAUGCUGGGAAAACCUACACAUUCCAAGGGACAGAAGAUGAUGUUGGUAUUCUGCCAAGGGCAAUGGAUAUGUUGUUUAAAAGCAUUCGAGGAAAGUUAUACACAGCAAUGGAUCUCAAACCCCAUUGUUGUAGAGAUUAUAUAAAGCUGACUGAAAACCAAGUGAGAGAAGAAAUUGCUAUUAAAAAUUCAAUACUUCGCCUAACAAAAGAGGUAGACCAUAGAAAUAGCACCACCAACAAAGCACCGGCUGAUUCCAAGGAUUUGGAACAGCUCUUAAAAGACUCGGAGCAGUCUAGCCCAACUGUGAAAAAUGACAUGAAGUUUUCUGUUUGGGUUUCAUUUUUUGAGAUUUACAAUGAAUGUUUUUAUGAUCUCCUGAUUCCUAUAUCAAAUGAGAAGAAAGGAAGGACGCUACGCCUUGCUCAAGACAUCAAGGGUUGUUCGUAUGUAAAAGGUCUGCAGUGGGUACAGAUUUCUGAUUCUAAAGAAGCUUUUUGACUUCUAAAACUGGGGUUGAAACAUCAGAGUACUGCAAGCACGAAACUAAAUGCUAACUCCAGCAGGAGUCACAGCAUAUUCACAGAUAAAGUAUUGAAAAUUGAAGAUUCAGGAGCACCAGAAGUGAUUGGAG